GAAGUGAGGGGACCGGAAGUAGCGUUGUCCGUGGCCCUGGACGGCCUCUCUCUCCCUCAAUCUGGCCAGCCCAGCCACGUCUCGAUGGUGCCAGCGCACCUCCCGCGAGGUCCCCUCUCCAGGGGGCGGGCCCCGCCCCGCCCACUGCGGCCCUAGCAACCACAUCCGGGACUCAGCCGGCGCCGUUGCCCGGGUAAUUUUCUGGCUGUGGCCAGUCCUAGAGGGGUGUGAGCCUGGGUCCAGAUGCACCUGCCCGAGCUUGCCCCAGGGCGCGCGGGCCUGGUCUUGAGUGGUCCGAGGUCCAGGAGCCCUUAGCAUAACUUUCUCACUCACACACCUCAGCCUCACGCGUUAGGCUUUCCCCCAACAGAUGGUGAGCCGGUGGCGGGAGGGCGCCUCGCAAUCUCAGGAGAGCCAAAGCUUCUUUCUCAACUGCCGGAGAGCACGCAGAAGAGAAGCCAGAGGGGCACCCUGUGACUUCAUGGGAAAAACAGCCACCAAAGAUCUACCCAGCAUCAUUUUUAGUUCUUUAAUUUUGGUAAGCUCACAUUUUUAAAACAGAUUAAAUUUGUCUGAUUUAUUCCAGAAGUAUAUAUUACAAAGCAUUCAAAGGCAAGUGAGAACUCAAGGGGUCAGAGCAGAGCUCGAGAGCUUCUCACAGGGACAUCAUUUGGGAGUGACAGAGGAUAUUGUCAAGUCUUAGAAGGGUUCUACCAUUUUCUUCUCCACCCUAAAGAGACUUCGAAAUUAGCGGCUGACGUUUUGCAUGAAAUUUCUGGAUGCUUUUCUUCUUAUCUCUGAGGCCUUCUGUGGAGAAUUAAGAGGAGGCUGAAUGCGCGCAUGGAUAAAAUGGAUCAUCUUAAAGGAUUGAAGUUCCAAAAAUACAUCAGCAGGACUGGACAGGUUUGACAUAAUGAGAUUUCUAUUUUAGCUUGACUUCUGGAACUCCGAAUAAACUGAACUGCACAAGGUCCUGGGGAGGAGGUUUCUCUUCUAAAAUAUUCUAGCUGCAGAUAAUAUUUUUCUUAUUCAGAUCCUUUGAAGAAAUGCAUUUAUUCAUCCGUUUCCACAGAAAUAAGACUAUUAGACACUGACCAACUUUUAAUAUAUGUAGUGGCUUAGAAAGCAAUUUGUAUCAUACUGGAAAAUAAAUUUUUCUAAAGAAACAGACCCAGAGAGGGACGACAUCUCUACAUAAGCUCAGGGUGAGAUGGCGGAAGCUCCUGUGGAUGCCUCAACUCUGCCCGUAACUGUGAAGAAAAAGAAAAGUCUAUCCAUUGAAGAAAAGAUCGACAUCAUAAAUGCAGUAGAAAGCGGUAAGAAAAAAGCAGAGAUUGCAGCUGAAUAUGGAAUAAAGAAAAAUUCAUUGUCUUCUAUUAUGAAGAAUAAAGACAAGGUUCUGGAAGCCUUUGAAUCACUGAGAUUUGAUCCAAAGAGAAAAAGACUGAGAACUGCUUUUUACACAGACCUGGAAGAGGCACUAAUGAGGUGGUACCGAAUUGCUCAGUGUCUGAAUGUGCCAGUUAAUGGCCCAAUGUUGCGGCUAAAAGCUAAUGAUUUUGCCCAGAAACUGGGACAUAAUGAUUUUAAGUGCAGCAAUGGUUGGCUGGAUCGUUUUAAAUCCAGGUAUGGUCUAGUAUUCAGAGCUCAACCUGUAGAAGCCACAGGUGUAUCAGCAGACCCUUCAGCUGUCUGGCACCAAAACAUACUUCCUUAUUAUUUAAAUGAUUAUCAUCCUAAAAAUGUUUUUAAUGUAAAAGAGACUGGGCUGCUUUAUCGAAUGUUGCCUACAAAUACCUUUGCAUUUAAAGGAGAAACCUGUUCAAUUGGCAAGUUAUGCAAAGACAGAAUAACUCUGGUGGUUGGGACAAACAUGGAUGGCUCAGAGAAACUUCCUCUGCUUCUCAUUGGAAAAAACAGAAAUCCACAUUGCUUCAAAGGCAUAAAAUCAUUGCCUGUGUAUUAUGAAGCUAACAAAAUGGCAUGGAUGACUGCAGAUGUAUUUGAACAGUGGAUGCAGAAGCUGGAUGAGAGAUUUCAAGCUCAGCAAAGAAGAGUGGUGAUUUUUGUUGAAUCUUCUCCUGCACACCCAGAGGUAAAAAAUCUGAAGUCCAUUGAAUUAGCGUUCUUUCCAUCAUGUUUAUCUUCCAAAUUUAUAGCUAUGAAACAAGGUGUUAUUAGAAGCCUUAAAAUCAAAUAUCGACAUUGUCUUAUUAAGAAAUUUCUGAGCUCUGUUGAAGGCAGCAAAGAAUUUACCUUUUCCCUUCUAGAUGCAGUUGAUAUAUUGCAUCUCUGUUGGAGGGCUGUCACCCCAGAGACUAUUGUUAAGAGCUAUGAAGAGGCAGGGUUCAAAUCUCAAAGGGGAGAAAGUGAGGAGGCAAGUGCAGAGACAGACACUGGCCUUGAUUUGGUUGCCGACGCCCAGGCGGCAGGAGUGGAAUUUCCCGAAGGCUUAUCUGUAGAAGAGUAUGCUGCCCUGGAUGAUGACUUAGAAACUUGUGAGGCAGCACCAAGCGGUGACGCUGUAUGCCCCAAAGAAAGUGAAUCAGAUGAAACUGGAUUUUAUACUUCUGACGAGGAGGAGGAUGGUGGGUCUCUGGAAAGUGAACUCCCUUUACCAUCAAAAAAUGAGGCAAUAACUGCUUUAGAUACUCUGAAAACUUUUCUUAGAAGUCAAGAUAUAAAUGAUGAGCUUCAUAAUUCUUUAGCAGACCUUGAAAUUUUUAUUAACUCUUUAUCAUCUAAGUAAUUAUUUAUUGUACAACAUCUGAAGAUAAUAGAGCUUUUUAUAAUGUAUUUUAUUAUUAAUAUUUAAGAUAUGUAAAGGGAAAAUACCUCUUAAACCUAAAAAAUGCCUAACUAAUAAUUUUUGGUUUAAUUGCAGAUGUCUUUGGUCUGUCUGCAGAUUAAAGUUCCCUAGGUAGAUUAAAUGAUGAGUAAGUAAAUGAAAAAAAUGAAUUUCAAUUUAGUAAGAUUUUGGGGAGCAGAAAAUAAAUUUCACAGGUCUUAUAUUUGAAAUAUAUGGUAUAUAUGUCAAAAACAAAAAGAACUCUCCAACUAUUUGAUUCACACAGGUUGAACUGGUGAUUGCUAUUUUCUAUUUUUUUCAAAUUCAGAUCACGUUGUAAGAUAUUUUAAUUUUUCUACCUCGUCUAAGAACCAAACAUGUAUCUAUUGGUUAGAUAUUUAUUUUUAUAAACAUACACUAACUAGACUCUGAAAUAUCAAGUGCUAAUUUUAAAUUAUUUUUCUCAUGACUAGCUAAUCAUCCUAAUAAAAAUUAUGAAAAAUUACUGAAAAAAAACUGACCCAAUUAUAAACCCAGAUGAUUAAAAAUAUGCAUCUAACUUUAAAAUUAUUUCUGUAUAUGGUCAAAUGAAAGACUAUGACCUUAUCAGGUUUUCUUAAAUCAUCUAUAUCUAGAAGAUGAUAUGGAUUCUUCCUAAAUAUUUGUAUGUAUAUGUAUGUGUGUUUAACAGAAAAGUGCAUUAUUAAAAUAUGUAUUAAACUCUUUUUAUAUUUUAAUAAGAUUACUCUUUAAAAAUGUGAAGAAACAUAUGCAGUUAGUGAAAAAGAAAAUAUGUAAUUCUUAGUUCUCUGAUUUUAAGAGCUGAAACAAUCUAUAACAUUGGAUUUUUUUUAUUUUACUGAAUUUUGUUUUCAGGACAAACUGAUCGUUCUUUCAGCGUAUUUUGAUUUUUUUUUUUCAAAUUCAGUGGGUAGCAUUUUGGAUUAACUUUUUGUUUGAGGAAGUUUUGUAUUCAGAAUGUUUUAAAAUAUUGUAUGAAAUUAUUUAUAUUCCAUAAAAUAGUCUUUAACCAGUAGAAAAAUAACAAUGUGUCUCACUUUUUUGUUGUUAAAUUUUAAAUACAUUUAAGUUAUUAGAUCUAAUUUAGUGUCCCCUUUGAAAAGUAUUUUGAAAAAGUAUAAAACAUUAUACCGAUGAUUUUUAUUCUGAAUUAUUAGUCUGCCAACAGAAGACACAUUUGGAAGUGACUAUUUAUAGAAAGUAUUUUUAUUUUCCACUGUUGAUUUACUUUGCAUUGAGAUUUAGUAGUUGUUAAGCCUGAAAAAUGUAUUCAUAUUAAAGUUUCUUUUAGAGUAAAAUAUAGAUUGUUUAUAUUUAAUUAAAAGCAUUUUUGUUAAUGGCUUGGUUUAAAAUUGUAAUGUGAUGGAAUCAUGGACCUGAAUCAUGGACCUAAAUCAUGGACCUCGAUCUCUCUUAAGAGCCCCACUUGUAACUAAAGUACCCGGUAAAUACUGAGCCCUCAAUAACUUUUUUCUCUUUCUCCACUUCAUACCAUUUGGAUAUCAAAUAUUUUAUUUAAUCAUUUCAGAUGACAUAAGAAUUAUUAUCUCCAUCUUUACAGAUGAGGGAAUUAAAACCUGGAACAGUGAUCUGGUUAAAAUCUCAGGACGAAAACUAAAAUGCAGUAGUUCCCCAUCACCUAGUCCUGUGUUCUGCUAACUAUAUACCACAGUACUUCUUUUCUGUACUCCAUAAAAGAAAAUUCUAUGGGUUUUUUUCGUCUUGAACUUAGGGUUCUGAGAUCAAAAGUAUUUCAGAGACUAACCUGAGUCUUUGCUGAUAGCUGUAUUCAGACCUCUCCCCUAAGAACACUGUUGCUAAUGAAAUACCAGGACUUUCUGAUCUGGUACUCUGUACCAUUUUAACACAGAAGUUCCUUGGAGUUCUAGUGAAAAUAUUUAAAAACAACUUUAAUAUUCCCAAAGUGUUGAAAGAACCUACUCAUUUCCUCUAUAUGACAUCAUCCAUUUUUUACUUCUGGGCAUAAUAAAUCUCAAGGUGAUAAAAUAAAGCAAGGCUCCUAUGAAGACUUAGAAAAAGGUGCCCGAGAUUCAAAUCAAAGAUAAACUUUAAAUUGUCGACGGUGUACACAAUUCCAUGUAGUUUACAAGACAUAUAGAUUUAGAUCAUUUUCAGUACAAAACGAAAAAGUCACUUUCCCUAAGACAGUCACUACUGUCUGCCUUACUCCUGAUCUAUCUUCUCUAUACACGGUCGCAAAGAGUUGAACGCGACUGAGCGACUCACACACACACACACACACACACACACAUACACGGUCAGUACAGGGACUAAAUGUCACUUGUCUUUUCAAAGAAGAACUUGAUUUACAAUUCAUUAGUUUUUCAAUUAAACGUGACAUUAUUCUUCCUUACAAAUUCCUGUUGUUUCAACAAUGUUUUUGCCUGUUUCUACUUCAUCAAGCAACAAAGCUUACGUUGAAUUUGGGACACUGUUUCACUCCAUCAGUGAGGGGUUUGGUUCAGGAUAAAAGAGGACAACGAGUAAAUCAAGGCCUGUUGGGUUUUAUGGUACCUGCCUGGCUUCUUAUUUGGAUCUAAGAUCAAACGUUAAACCUCCUUUUAAACUUAUACAAAGCAGAAUAAUUGGAAGGGGAAGUAAAGUAAAGGAGAGGAGGAGUCAGAGGACAGCUUGCAACACAAAUGCCUCAGAUUUUAAAAGAAGCCUUUUCAGUCCCUCUUCCAGCAGGGGCUCCGUAGAAACUGGCAGACAGAAGUUUGCCCUCCGGGAAAAUAGCACCACACCUCUGCUCAGAGGUUCAGAGUCCAGUGGUGGGUUGCAUCUUUGUCAGCACUAAAGGUUUUCCAGGCUAAGUGCAGGCAGCUACCCUAGUUGCUGGGAGGAGAUCUCUUGAGAGAAAGGGGCCACAGUAAGCAUACAAUUUAAGUUCUCAGAAAACAUUUCAGUCACCAGAUAUAUUAAAUCUAGUCAUAGUCCUAUGCUGUCUUGCAAAAGACGUUUCCUUUCUCUGAAUCUCAGUUUCUUUCAUUCGUAAAAUGAGACUGACACUUCAUUUGAAUUUAUUUUGCAGAUGAAAGAAAAAUUUGAAUGUGAAUGCUUUCAGCAAACUUGAAGUGUUCCACAACUAUAGCAAAUGACUGAAAGGCGCUUCCAGGUCACUACUCCCAGAUAUGUCCAAGUAUUAAUGUUGUGCUCACUAAACGCCAGUGAGAAUUUUCUCGUUGAAAUUUCUUCUGUACAGUAAAAUAGGACAGUCAACAUUUCUAGAAAUAUGCCAUUUAUCUGUAGAAAUAAAAAAUCAUUUCUGUUUUGAAUGAGGGAAUAAGGUGACUUAGAAAGC